AUGGAUGUGAGUGUUGAGGAGGAGCAGCCACGUCGUCGCAAUAUGCCGAUUCCGAGCCGUUCCAGUGUCUACGCUGAGGUGAAUCAGCAGAAGCCACGUGAAUAUUGGGACUAUGAGUGCCAUAUGAUCGACUGGGGCAGUAUCGAUGAUUAUCAGUUGGUCCGUAAAUUAGGACGUGGGAAGUACAGUGAAGUUUUUGAAGGUAUUCGAUCCCCAAUGGACGAUAAAUGCCCGGUCAAGAAGAAGAAAAUAAAGCGUGAAAUAAAAAUUUUGGAGAAUUUGCGCGGUGGGACCAACAUUGUCACGCUUCUCGAUGUUGUUAAGGAUCCGAUUUCCAGGACCCCGGCACUUGUUUUUGAAUAUGUCAACAACACCGAUUUUAAGCAAUUGUAUCAGACGCUCACGGACUAUGACAUACGUUAUUAUUUGUAUGAGUUGCUGAAAGCCCUGGACUACUGCCACUCGCAAGGAAUAAUGCAUCGUGACGUGAAACCGCACAAUGUGAUGAUUGAUCACGAGAAGCGAACACUGCGUCUGAUCGAUUGGGGUUUGGCGGAGUUUUAUCACGCACGCCAGGAAUACAAUGUGCGAGUGGCAUCACGUUAUUUCAAAGGGCCUGAACUUCUUGUUGAUUACCAGUGCUACGACUAUUCGCUGGAUAUGUGGAGUCUUGGAUGCAUGCUUGCGAGCAUGAUUUUUAGGAAAGAGCCGUUCUUCCAUGGCCAUGACAAUUAUGAUCAGGUUUGCAUACAGAUAUUAUGUGUGUUGAAAUUAUUACUUUUCAAGCAUUAUUUGAAAGCUAAGGGCAUUCUUGAUGAAAAUAGCGUUUCUUCGUAG